UGUCGUCCUCUUUGCUGUCAACGCCGACCUCACUGCGCCUCGUCAACACUCAGAAUGAAGUUUACCAGUGCUGCACUCGCUCUCGCGGCAUUCAUCAGCAGCUCUGCUGCCCAGCUGACCAUUCUGAGCCCCGGAAGCAGUGUGUGGUGGGUUGACGACUCCCAAAACGACAUCACUUGGACAUGCGAUACCUCUCCUUACGAGAAUUUUACCGUCCUUCUUGACAGCACGAAUUCGAGCAUCCUGGUCUCGCCUUAUGCAUUCGUCGCUAACCAGCCGAACUAUGACUGCUCCGUGGUGAUCUCGCCAUACCAGAUGGCCACUUUCCCUGCUGCUUCCGGCUACACCAUCAUCCUCGCUAACACCCUCAACAGUUCAGACAUCUAUGCUAAGAGCGAGGAGUUCGCGAUCAAGCCAGAAGGUUCGGCCUAUCCUGCUACAUCCGCUACGCCCACAGGAACAAACACGGCUACCAGCAGCGCAAGCGGCAGUGUGAGUGGCAGUGCAACCACAACUGGCGCGGCUGCUGCCUCCUCCACCUCCGCUUCCUCCAAGUCGAGCGGCGCGAACAAGCUCGCCGCCUCUAUGAUGGGUGGUCUUGCUGGGGUCGGUGCCUUGUUUGGAUUGUUGAUGGCUUGAUCACCGCGUACGAGUGCUGCAGCAAGAAUUGUGGACUUUACAUUCUUCUGGCUUGUGUCAGCCCCACACACGUACUUUCUUGCACUUGUCCUUGUCUUUGUUUGUGGACGCUGAAGGUUUGGGGUGUGUUGUACCGUCUUUUUGACUGUACUGUCUUUACUAGUUUACAUGAGUGUAAUGCGGACAGUGCCU